GCCGUGGCGCGCCCUCCCGCCCGGGUGCUGCGCGGAGCUGGAGGGCUGGCUUCCUGGAGACGCAGGCUUUACGACUACAGUAAUGAGUUGGUGGCCUAGCAACCUUCAAAGUUGCCACAGCAAAGAGGACUUGGCGAUGGAGGCAUUGUUGGAAGGAAUACAAAACCAAAGGCCUGGUGGGGGAUUUUUGACAUCCUGUGAAGCAGAACUACAAGAACUCAUGAAACAGAUUGAUAUAAUGGUGGCUCAUAAAAAGUCUGAAUGGGAAGGGCAGACACAUGCUCUGGAAACUUGUCUGGACAUCCGUGAUCGGGAACUGAAGACCCUUAGGAGUCAGUUGGAUAUGAAACACAAAGAGGUUGGAAUGUUGCAUCAGCAGAUAGAAGAGCAUGAAAAAAUCAAGCAAGAGAUGGCCAUGGAGUAUAAGCAGGAGUUAAAGAAACUGCAGGAAGAAUUAGGUAGACUGAAGAGAAGCUAUGAGAAACUACAGAAAAAGCAGAUAAGGGAAUUCAGAGGAAGUACCAAAAAUCACAGAGAAGAUCGGUCUGAGAUUGAGAGGUUAAAUGGAAAAAUAGAGGAAUUUCGUCAGAAAUCACUGGACUGGGAGAAGCAGCGCUUGAUUUAUCAGCAACAGGUCUCUUCUCUGGAGGCACAAAGGAAGGCUCUGGCUGAGCAAUCAGAGAUAAUUCAGACUCUGCAGGAAGAAAAAAGAGAAUUGAAGGCAAAUCUUCAGUCUCAUGAAAAUUUCAUCCGUGAGGCAAAGAUGCGAAAGAAGUUACAGGCAAAGGGAACCAACACCCAGCAACUAGGAGAUGCUAUAAGACCACUGGAAGACUCUCAGGCUGAGAGGAGGCUCGCCUCUCAAGGGCAGGGCGACUUGGGCAGUGUGCUUUCCCAGUUGGAUUUUACCCAUACAAGUGAAGAACUCCUGCAAGCAGAGGUGACUCGUCUAGAAGGCAGCUUGGAAUCUGUGAGCGCAACAUGUAAACAGCUGAGCCAAGAGCUAAUGGAAAAAUAUGAAGAACUGAAGAAGAUGGAAGGACAUAACAAUGAGUACAGGGCAGAGAUUAAGAAGUUGAAAGAACAGAUUUUACAAGCUGAACAGACUUACAGCUCUGCACUAGAAGGUAUGAAGAUGGAAAUUUCCCAGCUGACUCGGGAGUUACAUCAGCGAGAUAUCACUAUUGCUUCUGCCAAAUGUUCUUCCUCAGACAUGGAAAAGCAGCUCAAAGCAGAGAUGCAAAAGGCAGAAGAAAAAGCAAUGGAGCAUAAGGAAAUUUUGAAUCAGUUGGAAUCACUCAAAUUAGAAAAUCGUCAUCUUUCUGAAAUGGUGAUGAAAUUGGAAUUGGGUUUACAUGAGUACUCCGUGCCCGUGUCUCCCCUGGGUUCGAUAGCUGCCAGAUUUCUGGAAGAGGAGGAACUGAGGUCUCAUCAUAUUCUAGAGCGCCUGGAUGCCCAUAUUGAAGAACUAAAAAGGGAGAGUGAAAAGACAGUGAGACAAUUCACAGCCCUGAUGUAACUGCUUACGGAAUCACAGCCUGGGAAGGGAACACCGCAGAGUUAGCGUCAUCUGAAGGAGCAGCUCUUUUAAAACAUGGACAUACAAAGUUAUAAGGAUAAUGCAUACUAAACAGUGGUGAAAAAAUCUGAAGAAUUGGUACUUUUCUUCGACAUUUUCACUGCAGUGGUUUUUGAAGGACUUCUUCCAGCAAUAACUUGUGAGAAUAAACCUCUUUACAUACUUGUAGUAUGGAUAGUUAUUAUCAUGAAGUAAAACGUUCUUUUAUUGACAUAAAUGUGAAUGAUUGUGUACUUACCAAAAUAGAGAUUGUA